CAACAUCAUCUAUCAAAUUCCCCAACAGGUUGAUUUUCACAAUGUCCGCGUUUCGCUUGAAGUCGGACAACGAGUUCAUCACGCCAUCCUCGGAUGGUGAAGGCAUUCUUGUGUAUCCGUACAAGGGUGAUAUUAACGAUUUCAAAGUUUUCCAAGCAACCCACCGCUCCAACGAUCAUUGGGGAGAUGGAUUUCACAUUAGCGCUACAGCGAAACAGUACAAGGCACUGGAAUUGUUCGGCGUCACCAUUGAGGGAGACAGACUGAAAGAGCUUGCGAAGGAACUCCACGGAAUGGAAACAAAGAACAUGUUCAUUUACGUGAAUCGUGCUGGCUUAUGCAUGAUUACUCAACUCAAGAAUACAUCUAUCAGGACUAUGCGGAUCAACGAUUACUUUGGUUGGUCCGAAUACGGCGUCAGGGUGCCUCAAAGCACGAUUGUCGCGUCCCCGUGGAACAAGCUCGACAUGUCUAACGGGGCAACUAUGAUGGACGUUCGAGGACUGGUUCGUGAUGCGGAGGAAGCGGAGCAGCUGCGGCGGAGCUUGGAAGAGAAGAACGUGGAGCUGGCGACGUGCAAGAAGGAAUUGGAAGGCAGCAGGAAGAUGGAGUCGGUUUUGAGCAAGUUAGUGGAAGCGAAGGAGAUGGAGGUGGGGAUGGUUAAGAAUCAACUUCUCGGUUUUCAGGCUAACCUAGAGUCCAUGGCUGGUUUUAGGCUGCCCUAAAUGCUUAAUAGGGAGCCGCUGCUGUCACUAGCUCUUUUUUUUUUUUUUUUGGUGAGACACUAGCUCUUAUGCAAACGGGAAGUUUUCUUAUUUGAUUAUGCUUCAGACCGAUUUUCUUAUCAUGGCAUCAAUUCUCGUGUUGUGGGAGUCUGGUGGGUUAGGUUAGUAAGUGGGAGGGAUUGGGUUUUGGGAUUAAAGAGAUCUAGUGGGCCAAGUUUGAGGGGGAGAAAGAGUGGGCUUAGGCAGUCAACCCACGAAAUGAAAGUGCAUGUUAUGUAAUAGUUGUACAAUAUCACUACAUAAACCUUACGUAAUGAAAGGUAAUUUUACAU